UUUUGCUGUGACGAGAGCACAUGCGCCGCUCAUCAUCACAUCACAUCACAUCACAAUCAUGCAGCAGACACACAACUACACUCAUAAUUUAGUGCAAUCUGUAUGUGUGUGUUAUCAGUAGAGAUGCUGAACUAUGCGUAUGACUGUGGCGCUCUUCUGCCGUCAUGCACCUGAAGUCUUCAUGCGAGACUUUCAAGAAUUGUAUUGGAAUUAUGAGUGAAUGAUGGGUCAAAAUGCAAGCUACAUUGAAUACGGGUCAUGGAAAAUUUAGAAAACUCGACAGAUUGCAAGGAGACUGUCUCUCCAUUAAACAAUUCAGGGUCUAUACUGAACAGCACCGUCUCCCGUCAUGAAGCUAUGGGGUUUGUGCUGGUGCAUGCAGGGGCAGGGUAUCAUUCAGAAUCCAAAGCCAAGGAAUACAAACAUGUGUGCAAGAGAGCUUGCCAGAGAGCUGUGGACAGGCUCAGAGCCGGAGGAUUGGCGCUGGAGGCAGUGACAGCAGCUCUUAUAGAGCUAGAGGAUUCCCCAUUCACCAAUGCGGGUACCGGUUCCAACCUGAACAUCUCGGGUGAGAUUGAGUGUGAUGCCAGCAUCAUGGAUGGGAAGUCCUUAAACUAUGGAGCUGUUGGAGCCUUGAGUGGAAUCAAGAACCCAGUGCUGGUAGCCAGAAGACUAUUAAGUGAAACUCAGAAGGGGAAGCUAUCAGCUGGCAGGAUCCCUCCCUGUUUUUUAGUGGGCAAAGGAGCAGAACAGUGGGCCGUCAGCCAUGGUAUCCCAGCAUGCCCUACAGAGAAGAUGACCACCAAGUUCAGUCUGUCAGGCUACAAGAGGAACAAGAGGAAGAUGGAGCUGGCAGAGCAGGUUGAGACGAAGAGGAGAAAACAAUCGUGUGGACGCGAGAACGAUUUUGGCUGCUUGGAGCCAGUGGGAGACAUCAUGGUGGAAGGUGAGGAGAAUAACUCGGCCUGCCUGGAUACAGUUGGUGCGGUCGUAGUGGAUCGGGAAGGGAAUGUGGCGGCUGCAGUAUCCAGUGGAGGUCUGGCCAUGAAACACCCGGGUCGGGUUGGACAGGCUGCUCACUAUGGGUGUGGCUGCUGGGCUGAAAACGCCCGAGAUGUCAGCCUUUACUCUACAGCUGUGAGUACCUCAGGCUCUGGAGAGCACCUGAUUCGCACCAUGUUGGCCAGAGAGUGCUCUACCGCCAUGCAGGCUGAAAAUGCACACCAGGCCCUACUGGAGGCUAUGCAAAACAAAUUCAUCAGUUCGCCGUUCUUGGCUGGCGAGGACUGUGUCCUGGGUGGGGUGAUUGUUCUGAGGUGCUGCUCUUGUGGAGAAGCCCAGCGCUCUGAAGACAUCCAGGCUCUGCUGGUGGAGUUUCUGUGGAGCCAUACUACAGAGAGCAUGUGUGUGGGAUACAUGUCUGCCCAGGACAGUAAAGCCAGGACUCACAUAUCCAGACUUCCUCCUGGGGCGGUGGCCGGACAGUCGCUGGCAAUCGAAGGUGGAGUCUGUCGGCUUGGGACCGCGAGUGACUGAAGCAGUGUGAAAUCAUCCUCUAUUUCUGCAGCAAUAUGCCAGCGCCAGGAUCUUUAUAGCAAGAGCUUGAUGUUGUGUCAUUGUAGGACACAAUUAUAAAGGGACAAAAAGGUUGCAAUAUGUCUUUUCUUCCAUCUUUUUCUUUAUUGCACAGAUAUAAAAACAUUUAUUCAUUUAUUCACGAUUUCCUUUUCUAAAAUCUACCAUGCUACUUUUGCGCUCCGUUCAUGGGCAUAGCAUAGACAGUGUCAUCUGUUUUACUGUCACUUGAGAGGGGGGAGGGGGGGGAAAGGGUUAGCAGGGUGAUUUGCGGUAAAAGGCGUCUGCUAAGAAAAGGACAUGCCAAGUGCACUUCAGGACUAGUGCACUGCUCUGGUUUUAGUGGGCUUCCAAGAAACUCAGCUUCUAGUAUGUGCUGGACAAGACUUGAUGCUCCAUUUCUAUUCCUCUCUGAAAUAAUAUGCACCGUCCUUUUCAUUGUAAAUAAGCUAAAGGUUGUUGAAACAGGGUGGCCAUUAAUGUAAGCGGCUUACUUGACGUUUAAUAUUACUUUUACUAUUAGGUUUUAUAUAUAGUUAAGAUGCUUGUUUUGUGCAAAAGUUCAGUUUAGUAACUCAUAAUAAAGGUCUGAACUUUUCAGAUCUGAGUGGAGAUAUUUGACACGUGUGUUUUAUGUGAGUCUGGUUGAGUCGCAAAUGCGUACGCAGCGUGGAAUACAGGAUAAAAUCCUUUAUGAAAUUUACAAGAAUUGCCUUUUCAUUUGACUUUUUUAAAGCUAGGUAUAGCGGUUUAGAAUAAAAUUGUCAUUUACUCACUCUCAUGUCAUUUCAAACCUGUACAACUUAGUUUCUUCUGCAGAACACAAAAGGUUAAUUUUGUUAAAACCCAAAAAUGAAAAUUCUGUCAUCAUUUACUCACCUUAAUGUCAUUUCAAAACCUGUAAGACUUUCAUCUUUCAUUCAUCUUCGGAACACAAAUGAAGAUAUUUUAAUGAAAUCUGAGCAAUUUCUAUCCCUCCAUCGACAGCUACGCAACUACAACUUUGACGCUGGAAAAAGUUCAUAAAAAGAUCGUAAAACUAAUCCAUAUGGAUUGAGCGGCUUAGUCCAAAAAUUUUUGAGACACAAUCGCUUUAUAUGAUGAACAGAUUUCAUUUAGGCUUUUAUUCACAUAUAAACAUUUAUCAGUGAACAUAUACAGAAGCUCAGCAGAACCUGCUUGAAGCUCGAGAACAAACCUCUUGUGGAAGCUCAAACGUGCUGAGUAACGCACGAGAAUGAACCUCAUUGGUUCUCGCAUGCAUCAAGCAAACUUCCGUUUACCACAACUGAUGUGUGAGUUGAUAAAUGUUUAUAUGUGAAUAAAAGCUUAAAUUAAAUCUGUUCUUCAUGAUCAUGUCUCUUUGGACUAAACCGCUCAAUUCUUAUGGAUUAGUUUUACAAUCUCUUUAUGAACUUUUUGAAGCAUCAAAGUGGUAGUUGCGUAGCUGUCAACGGAGGGACAGAAAUUGCUGAGAUUUCAUUAAAAAUAUCAUCAUUUGUGUUCCGAAGAUGAGUGAAAGUCUUAUGGGUUUGGAACAACAGGAGGAUGAGUAAAUGAUGACAGAAUUUUCAUUUUUUUGGGUGAACUAUCCCUUUAAGAGGAUCCUUGUCAUUGUUUUCCAUUUAAUAAUCUCUAAAAUAAUCAAAAAGAACCAAAGUAUCAUAAAAAUGUUUCAUAUGACUUGAGUCUUUAGAACUUAUGCACAGGUCCACAAGAUACUUUGGUGCUUUUAUGUUCAUUUUAUUACUUGAAAAAUUAAUUCCCCAUUUAUUGAAGUAGCAUGGAAAAGAGUGAUCUGUCUAUUCUUCUGAAAUCCUUUUAUUUUUCCUGCAAAAAAGUUGUGCAGAUUGGAAUGAGACAAGGGCGAGUAAAUGAGGGAAUUUUAUUUUCAAGUGAACUAUUCCUUUAAAGAGUGGGACUAUUCUCAAAUCUAAUGAUAUGCACUGUUGAAAAUAUGUUGAAUCGUGGUUGUUACACUUUCACCACAAAGUUGAUGGCAGUAGGAUCACAGAAAUAUCUUCUGAUGAGACUAGAUGCACACGCACUUUUGCUCAGCGUCUUACUAAAUAAGUGCACUACCUUGACUAACUGCACUGCUUGUGAGUGUACCAAGAACAUGGCGCAUGUUUCGCAAUCCAAGUAUGCAUUUGUUUGCGUACUUUUGAGUUCACUUGACCUUAUUUGAAAGCUGCAUAGUGCACUUCUGUGGUUGAGCUGUAUUAACAUGUGAACAGCUUUGUGUGUUUUCUAAUGCCAUGUGUAGUGCUCAGGAGAUGAGACCCCCAAAAAAGCAAGCUAAAAAUGACUGUUAGUCCAUCUUUGAAAAUGCAAAAUAUAUUUUAGGUCUGUAUUUUAUAAUGGCAGAAAAAUAAGAGGAUCUCUAAAAUGUAUUUAUAAAUUACACUGAAUCAAAUAUGUUGACGGUUAUUACAUUGAUGAGGGUUUUUGGCAGGGCUAUUAUUUCAAGUUCUGCAGUUGAGAACUUUUUAGUUAAAAUUCUUGCAUUACUAUAUAAAAAUGUAUGAUAUAUAUGCUUAUUUUAGUUUUACUUGACCCUGCAUUUAUUAUGAAAUGUCUGUGAACGUUUCCAACAGCAGAUUGUACUAAUCUCUUGCUAUUGUAAUGCUCAAUAAAACUGGGAUAUGGCGUGCA